AUGUCUUGCUUCUCAGGCUUUGGAUCCAGGCCAACGGCUACUCUGACCUCGCUCUUGCUGUCCUGGGAGUCCGUCUGUCAAGCAAGGCAUCCUGGUCACCGCAAAGACCGACUAGGCUCCUCUCAAAGUUACGAACAACACGGAGAGACAGCUAUUGAUACGAAUCUCCUGAAUCGGUCUACAUUUUCAAUGAGGCCGCCCAGACCAGCCUCGCCCUCAUCUGUUAGAAAGACCGUGCCUUGUGUGCUCGUGCUUCUCCCGUCGCCAUCUAUAAACUGGCCAACUUGCGUAGAUCCCAAUCUUACUAGGAUGUUCUCUGCUCCGACUCCGAGGUGCUUCUUUGGUUCGGGUGAUGGAGGUUUUUGA